GAUUCUUACCCGAAAUGCGGUCAAGAGUGGAAUGAAGAUGAUUCCUCUGAUCUGGUGAACCAUUUUGGCAAAAGCCUGGAAAAAGUCGGACUAUUAGAUAAGGGGCAGAUGGCGGAAGUCUUGGAGCGCGCUAAAUGGGCUGGCUUUACCCGAUGGCAUAUGCUGACUGCCCUCGAUGGGUCGUGUUUCUCGUCAACGUAUCGAACCGAUUGCUAUAUCUCGUUUGGUGUCACGGUCAAAUUCGAGGUGAGCACUCUCUCCCUAGGCACUCAUAGGUGCUGGCAGCUGACGUAUCAGGAACACGAUGCGGCGAUGAACCCUUUCACUUUGGAUAGGAAGUAUCUUUCAGCUAUAAGUCACUCUAUAUAG